GCCGGCGCACUUGCAGCCGGGCGGGCACCAGGAGGCGGAGGCGGGACGGUCAGGGGUCCGAGCGCGCAGGACAGCGGCCCCGGGGCCAAAGUUUGCCAGCAGCCCCGGCGGACCAAGCGGGUCCCACGCGCCGCUCGCUGCCCCCUCUCGCGUCUUCAUCCCGGCAUCGCUGCGCCGGGGGACUGAGCUGCGGCCCGGCUAGCUCCGAGGCGGGGACGCCGCGACGGGAACUUAAGGCCCAACAGGGAUGUGAAGCCUCAAAAUGACCCUGUUACCGGGAGACAACUCGGACUAUGACUACAGCGCUCUAAGCUGCGCCUCAGACACCACCUUUCACCCAGCCUUCUUCCCACAGCGCCAGGCCAUCAAAGGCGUCUUCUACCGCAGGGCCCAACGCCUGAGGCCCCAGGAUGACCUGCACCAGAUCAGCUCCCUUGGGGACCGCAGGCGACAGAUCAUCAUCAACGUGGGUGGCAUCAAGUACUCACUACCUUGGACCACGCUGGAUGAGUUCCCACUGACACGGCUGGGCCAGCUCAAGGCCUGCACCAACUUCGACGACAUCCUGAGCGUGUGUGAUGACUACGACGUAACCUGCAACGAGUUCUUCUUCGACCGCAACCCGGGGGCUUUUGGCACCAUCCUCACCUUCCUGCGGGCCGGCAAGCUGCGCCUGCUUCGGGAGAUGUGUGCCCUGUCCUUCCAGGAGGAGCUGCUGUACUGGGGCAUUGCGGAGGACCACCUGGACGGCUGCUGCAAGCGCCGGUACCUGCAGAAAAUCGAGGAGUUCGCCGAGAUGAUGGAGCGCGAGGAGGAGGAGGGGCCUCUGGACAGCGAGGAUCAAGACAGUGAGGGUCCGUCCGCCAGCGAGGGCCGCCUGAGCCGCUGCAUGAGGAGGCUGCGCGACAUGGUGGAGAGGCCACACUCGGGGCUGCCCGGCAAGGUGUUUGCCUGCCUGUCCGUUCUGUUUGUCACCGUCACCGCCGUCAACCUGUCUGUGAGCACCCUGCCCAGCCUGCGGGAGGAGGAGGAACAGGGCCAGUGUUCCCAGAUGUGCCACAACGUCUUCAUCGUGGAGUCGGUGUGCGUGGGCUGGUUCUCCCUAGAGUUCCUGCUGCGGUUCAUCCAGGCGCCCAGCAAGUUUGCCUUCCUGCGCAAUCCGCUGACCCUCAUCGACCUGGUGGCCAUCCUGCCUUACUAUGUCACACUGCUGGUGGAUGGCGCUGCCUCCAGCCGCCGCAAGCCGGGCACCGGCAACAGCUACCUGGACAAGGUCGGGCUGGUGCUGCGGGUGCUGCGGGCACUGCGCAUCCUCUAUGUGAUGCGCCUGGCCCGACAUUCACUGGGGCUGCAGACCCUGGGUCUCACGGCACGUCGCUGCACUCGUGAAUUCGGGCUUCUGCUGCUUUUCCUGUGUGUAGCCAUCGCCCUCUUUGCCCCGCUGCUCUACGUCAUCGAGAAUGAGAUGGCAGACAGCCCCGAAUUCACCAGCAUCCCCGCCUGCUACUGGUGGGCUGUCAUCACCAUGACGACCGUGGGCUACGGAGACAUGGUACCCCGGAGCACGCCGGGCCAGGUGGUGGCUCUGAGCAGCAUCCUCAGCGGGAUCCUCCUCAUGGCCUUCCCUGUCACCUCCAUCUUCCAUACUUUCUCCCGCUCUUACCUGGAGCUCAAGCAGGAACAAGAGCGGGUGAUGAUCCGCCGGGCCCAGUACCUCAUCAAAACCAAGUCACAGCUCAGUGGCAUGUCCCAGGACAGUGACAUCUUGUUUGGAAGUGCCUCUUCAGACACUAGGGACAACAACUGAGGCGAGAAAACACCCCUGCCCUGCCUGCCAGCUGCGGCUUCAUGCAACCACCGCCACUGGAGCCUGGAAAAGGACUUCGUGCUUUCAAGUCCAGCCCUGGGCUGGACCUGACCUGAUCAAGCCACGACCCAAAAAGGAUAUGCGCCACAUCACCAAGAGUCCCGCCCUCCCUCUAAGCCCAGAAGUAACAGGGAAGCUAGCUGGGGCCAGUGCCGCACCCACCACCGGGGACUCGCUGCUGUUUCUCUCCCUUAGAAGCUGACUGGCCCGAUCCCACCACGUAAACAACAUGCCCAGCCAAGCCUGCAUACGCUGGGGGACUGCCUGGAGAAACAGACAUCGGGCGGCCACACGUGACUUUGGUGUGUGUCCACUGAAGAAGAGCCUGCCAUUGGGACUUUCGAGGGCGGAGCUUUGCCUCUUAGUGGAAGGACCACGUUGCCGGGGUCUCGGGGCUGGUGGGACACUGGCAGGAGGGAGAGAGGCAGACAGGCCUUUAGGGCGCCCACCACGGAUGCUGGGUUCAGGCUCCUCGUGCUCCUGACCCCUGAGCUCAUCCCUCAUCCCUCGUCCUGCUCACCCUCCCCACAUCCUCCCUGACGCCCCCCGAGGUCUCUCUUUUCAGACUCCACUCAGCCCAGUGGGGGUGGGGACACCAACACGCUGCUCAUCUCUGCUGACUUCAAA